AUGACCGAGCGAGCCGACGAGUCGCAGAAGAGAGUGACGGAGCUGACCGAGGAGAUAAACGACCUCAAUUCGAGCGAGCAACAGCUGACGGACAUAAUCGCAAGAUUACGCGCCCAGAUCGAAGAGAAUCGGAUACAACGCGAGACGGCCCAAUCGACACGGAACCUCCAGAUCGAGGGCCUGAGAGAGACGGUGGAUAGGUUGAAGAGGAAAAAUCAGAGGAUACAAUUGGAGUUGGACGGAGCUCGCGAAGCGGCAGCGGCAUCCGCUCUCAGAGAACAUAAGAAAGACGAAGAAGUGACCCGUCUGCAAGGGGUCAUAGCCGAGAAAGAGUCGGAGAUCGGUAGGAAGGAACAGGCCCACCGGAGAGCGAUCGCAGACGUGGACCAGAAGAUCGCAGGCUUGGAAGCGAAUAAGAACGCACUUCGAGAGCGGAUCGAGAAAGUCCAGGGACAAGCUUUCCGAAAUGAAACAGUAGCGAGACAACGAGAUGAAGAUUUGAAGGAGUUGAGGAGCACGAUCGCGCGGAUGGAAAUCGCACAGGCUAAAGAAGUCUCAAACUUGUCAGCAGAAAGGAAUAGAUUACGACAACAGGCUGCGGCGUCCGAGAGGCUGACUAGGGCACGAGUAGAAGAAUUAGAGAAGCUCCGACGCAGGAUCGCACAGAUGGAAACCGAGCAAUCAGCACGCGCGAAAGAGGUCUCAGCUUCGAGUGUGGAAAUGAGCAGACUACGAGGCGAGGCGACCCAGUAUAAGGAUGCAGCGAGUAAAGGAGCCGAAGAAGUGAGAAGGUUGAGGAUCAGACUAAAGGAGCAAGAAGAAGCAAAGGCUGCUGCACUCGCCGAACGCAGUGCUCAGGUAACGAACUUGAGGAAAGAACUCGAGGAUCUGACGUCCGAACGUGAAGCUCUGAAGGCCAGUGAGAAGGAAAGUCGGGCGGCGGCCGCGGAAGCUUCCGGAUCGGCCCUGCGACAAGAGCAGAGAGCCGAAACGAUGGCCGCAGAUGUCGAACGAUUGCAGCGCUCGAUGCACGAAGCGAACGAAGAGAUCGACCGUGCUAGAGGAGGCAUCAGGGAACGAGACGCUGAACUGAACGCAAUGACCGACGAGCUGAGAAAAGCUGACGAGGAGAGACGAGCCGUGCAAGAGAAGGAGAAACAGUCGAGGGAGGAGUUGAAGAGGAUGAUGGAUGCCGUCGACAGAGCGGAGAACGACAAGAGGCGUUACGCGCAAGAGGUGGACGCGCUGAAGGCGGCCGUGGCUCAGAAAAUGAACACCGUAGACGAAUUGAAUGCCGAGAUCCAGAGAGUCGGUCGAGAGAACCAGACGAUCAUCGACGAACAUCGGAGAGAUCUCGCAGCUUUGAGGCGCCAACUGGACAAGGAACGAGAAGCCAAGGUGACGCUCGAGGGAGAGUUGAAGGGAGAGAUCGAGAGGACGAAGAACUUGUUAGAAAGAUCGCAACGAGAGACGCAAGAGCUGACCAGGGAACUCGGUAGAGCGAACGACACCGUGGUACGAAUGACCGAGGCGACGACCGAAGUGAGGCGAGAGCACCUGGCCCACGUCAAUCGGCUGGAAGAGACAUUGAGAGCCCGGGAGACUGCACAUCUCGAGCAGUUGCAGAGAGUGCAGCUGGAUGAGGAGACCACCAGACAGAAUCUAGAGAGAAGGCACGGGGAGGCUCUCCACCGAGCGAACGAGCGACUCGAUGGUGCCCAGGAAGAGGUCGAGAAUUACAGGACGCGGCUCGAGGAGGUCGAACGCGACGCGAACCGGGCCGACGUCGCCAACCGAGAGGUAGUACGCAAGCUCGAGCAAAAACUCUCAGCUGCGAAGAGGGCGAUCGACGAGCGAGUCUCGGAAGCCGUGAGAGCAGCGAGAGACGAGGCUUGGACUCAGGCGGCAGCACAGAUGAACGAAUCGGAGGUUCGCAUGAGGAAGUUGGAAGAGGAGAAUGCCGCACUCCGUAAGGACCUCGAAGAUAGAGAGAACCAGUACGAGACGCAGGCCAAGAGUACGAAGGAUGAGUACGCUCAGGCCCUGCUGGACGCAGAGAGGAGGGCUCGAGAGGAGCUCCUCGCAAAGGAGCAGAGACUGCAGCAGAUGGAAUCCGACUUUCGGAACCAGAACGGAGACCUGCGCGCGAGACUCUCUGGGACGACGGUCCAGCUGAGGUCGGCCGAAUUGGCUCUCAUGGAAAGGAGACAGCAGGAGAGGGAGUUGAGGGAGAGGGUCCCACAGCCGGAGCAGGAGAUCGAGGUGGACGUGGCCCCGCGUUCGGUGCAACCGGUGGUUCGCCCACGCGAGCAGCAGCCGUAG